ACCCAGACUCACCGCCAUCAUCGUCAUCGCGAACAAUAGAAGAAGCGCUGCAGGGCCUCGCGCUGCACUCUCAGGACUGUCCGCAAAAAUCAAACGAUGAAUAUCAGCCUUCUCCUUACACUGUACAUGUGACGCGGACGGAAUAUAUUCAAAAACGUUUUUAUAUUGAAAAAAUUCGGUGAAAGAUGGCGAACGAGUCCCCCGCUAAGAGUCUGGUGGAAAUAGACCUCGCCUCUCUGCGCGAUCCUGCUGGCAUCUUUGAGCUGGUGGAGGUGGUCGGAAAUGGCACGUAUGGACAAGUAUACAAGGGUCGACAUGUUAAAACAGGGCAGCUGGCGGCCAUCAAAGUCAUGGACGUUACUGAAGAUGAAGAAGAGGAGAUUAAACUAGAGAUCAAUAUGCUGAAGAAAUACUCCCAUCACAGAAACAUAGCCACGUAUUAUGGCGCAUUCAUCAAGAAAAGCCCACCAGGACAUGAUGACCAGCUCUGGCUGGUGAUGGAGUUUUGUGGUGCUGGAUCAAUAACCGACCUGGUGAAGAAUACUAAAGGAAACACACUGAAGGAAGACUGGAUUGCAUACAUCUCCAGAGAAAUACUCAGGGGUUUGGCUCACCUGCACGCUCAUCACGUCAUUCACAGAGACAUUAAAGGGCAAAAUGUGUUGCUCACUGAAAAUGCUGAAGUCAAAUUAGUGGACUUUGGUGUCAGCGCUCAGCUGGAUCGAACUGUUGGCCGCAGGAACACCUUCAUUGGAACACCGUAUUGGAUGGCACCUGAAGUCAUUGCCUGCGACGAAAACCCUGAUGCUACCUAUGACUAUAGGAGUGAUUUGUGGUCGUGUGGAAUCACAGCGAUAGAGAUGGCAGAGGGAGCUCCUCCAUUGUGUGACAUGCAUCCGAUGCGAGCGCUCUUCCUCAUACCCAGAAACCCUCCACCCAGACUCAAGUCCAAGAAAUGGUCUAAGAAGUUCUUCAGCUUUAUUGAGGGCUGUCUGGUGAAGAACUACACACAGAGACCCCCGACAGACCAGCUGCUCAAACACCCCUUCAUCCGAGACCAGCCCAAUGAGAGACAGGUGCGCAUACAGCUGAAAGAUCACCUCGACCGCUGCCGCAAAAAGAGAGGAGAGAGAGAUGAGACUGAGUAUGAAUACAGCGGCAGCGAGGAAGAAGAGGAGGAAGCUCAAGAGCAGGAGGGAGAGCCCAGCUCUAUCGUGAAUGUUCCAGGUGAGUCGACUCUGCGGCGAGACUUCAUCCGACUACAACAGGAGAAUAAGGAGCGCUCUGAGGCGCUUAGACGACAACAGCUCCUGCAGGAGCAACAGAUGCGUGAGCAGGAGGAGUACAAGCGUCAACUGUUGGCUGAACGGCAGAAACGUAUCGAGCAGCAGAAAGAGCAGAGGAGACGACUCGAGGAGCAACAGAGACGUGAGCGAGAAAUGCGGAGACAACAGGAGCGAGAGCAAAGGAGGAGAGAGCAGGAGGAGAAGAGACGAGUGGAGGAGAUGGAGAGGAGACGCAAAGAAGAGGAGGAGCGCAGGAGAGCGGAAGAGGAAAAGAGGAGAGCUGACCGUGAACAGGAGUAUAUCCGUCGACAGCUAGAGGAAGAACAGAGGCAUCUGGAGAUACUACAGCAGCAGCUUUUGCAUGAGCAAGCAAUGCUACUGGCAGAUGAGCGUCACAGGAGAAGCGCUCAGGGUUCUCCUCAGACUGCUGGUGUACAGAAACAACCCCCAGCUGUACCACCACGAUCAGACGCCUUCUCUAACGGCAGUGCCCCUGAACAGAGUCACCGACCCACUGACCCACAGGAUUUGACGGCACUGGCUAAAGAACUGCGUGCGGUGGAGGAUGUGCGACCGCAGCACAAGGCCACAGACUACUCCUCCUCCAGCGAUGACUCUGGCACCACUGAUGAUGAAGAUGAUGAAGAGGUUGAUCAGGAUGUUGGUGAGGAGUCCACGUCUGGACCCGAGGACUCAAGAGGAGGGUCGUCCAGACUCAGUAAUGGUGAGACAGGAGCUGCAAAGACUAUGGUUGUCCAGGAUGAUGACAAGUCCUCUACACCAUGCAAAGACAGCACAUUGGUCAUUCGACAGACUCCCACUGUGCCGAAGCACAAGUCUUCGUCAUCUUUCACGCCGUUUAUUGACCCUCGUCUGCUCCAGGUCUCUCCCUCCACCGGCAACGCACUCAAUAAUGCUGGUUACAGUAAUGAUGUGCGACUGCAGGAAGCUCUGCGUCAGGACGUGUCUCGCAAAGGCUCCGUGGUCAACGUCAACCCUGUGAACACACGGCCGCAGAACGACACACCAGAGAUCCGCAAAUACAAGAAGAGGUUUAACUCUGAGAUACUAUGUGCAGCACUCUGGGGUGUAAAUUUGUUAGUCGGGACAGAGAGUGGUCUCAUGUUACUGGAUCGCAGCGGUCAAGGGAAAGUUUACCCGCUCAUCAGCCGCAGACGCUUUCAACAGAUGGACGUUCUGGAGGGACUUAAUGUUUUAGUGACAAUAUCAGGGAAGAAGAAUAAAUUGCGUGUGUACUAUCUGUCCUGGCUGAGGAACAAGAUCCUUCAUAAUGAUCCCGAGGUGGAGAAGAAACAGGGCUGGACCACCGUUGGGGAUUUAGAGGGAUGUGUGCACUAUAAAGUCGUGAAGUACGAGAGGAUCAAAUUUCUGGUUCUAGCGCUGAAGAACUCAGUGGAGGUGUACGCCUGGGCCCCCAAACCAUACCAUAAAUUCAUGGCGUUCAAGUCGUUUGGUGAUCUGGUGCACAAGCCACUUCUGGUUGACCUGACUGUUGAAGAAGGCCAAAGGUUAAAGGUCAUCUACGGGUCGUGCUCUGGGUUUCAUGCGGUGGAUGUGGACUCAGGAGCUGUUUACGACAUUUAUCUGCCCACUCAUAUUCAGACGAAUAUUCAAUCUCAUGCUAUCAUCAUCCUGCCAAACACUGACGGUAUCGAGCUGCUGGUGUGUUAUGAAGACGAGGGUGUGUACGUCAACACGUAUGGCCGCAUCACUAAAGACGUGGUGCUGCAGUGGGGCGAGAUGCCCACUUCCGUGGCUUAUAUCCGGUCGAAUCAGAUCAUGGGUUGGGGUGAGAAGGCCAUAGAGAUUCGCUCUGUAGAGACCGGACACCUUGAUGGAGUUUUCAUGCACAAACGAGCUCAGAGACUCAAGUUUCUGUGUGAGAGAAAUGACAAGGUCUUCUUUGCAUCGGUGCGUUCUGGAGGCUCUAGUCAGGUUUAUUUCAUGACUCUGGGUCGCACCUCUCUGCUCAGCUGGUAAUCAUGCUGACUGUUGAAGGAAACGCACUAUGGAGAACAACAAUGAACCUGAAGAACACAAUGCAAGUGUUGAACGUCAGCGGCCGCGCUACACAAACCGCCAGAUUCCGCUCUAUGACUGAAACUGAACUACACUACAUUCGAUUAGACAAAAAAUCCAAUUGUGUCCUUGUGCAGCGUGCUGCAUGAGGAAGGGGCUUGAGUAUUCUACAGUAUUAUUGCUAGUCUGUGUAAAUGUCUUUCUCUAGAAUUGGAUAGAAUUCGACUCAACUGAGAGAAACGGUGACAUUUUGCCGCUGUGAUGCUCAGACGGUCACAAAUAGUGUAAUGGCAUUGAUGAAACAAAAUUGAUUUUUUGUCUUUCUUAUUUUUUGUCUUUUAGUUUAAUUUCGAUUUUUAGAUAUGUUACGUUUCUGUUGUAAAUGUAUUCUUACCAAGCAGAGAAGUUGUGGAGGUUACCCCGAGAGGUUUAAACAUCACCUGACAGACUUUCUCUUCUCCUUUGAGAGCUUUAUCAUGUUAUUAAGAGGAUAACACAAUCAAUUUUGCUUUCGUCACAUCAAAAAUAUAGAAACUCCAGUUUUAAUGCGAAUCUAAAGUUGAUCUAAUGUGAAUCUAAAGUAGAUUUAAUGCAAAUCUAAUGUGAAUUUCAUGUGGUUUGUGGCAGAAUGUGCAGGACACUUUGUUGCCUCUUUUGACAGAUUCAUCAUUCGGCAAUUAUAAUCUUUCUUUUUAAUCUUUAACAACAAUAUAAAGGGGUGGAGAUUGUUAGUAAACAAGGACAUACAUGUUUAUCUGUUUCUCACCCACACCUUUCAAAUCACUUCAGAAGAAAUGGAUUUAAACACUGGAGUGUAUGGAUUAGUUUUUUGAUGCCUUUUAUGUCCUUUUUGGAGCUUCAAAGGUCUGAUCACCAUUCACUUGCAUUGUAUGGACCUACAGAGCUGAAAUAUUCUUCUAAAAAUCUUCAAUUGUGUUCUGCAGAAGAAGGAAAGUCAUACCUAUCUGGGAUGACAUGAGGGUGAGUAAAUGAUGAGAGAAUUUUCAUUUUUGGGUGAACUAUCCCUUUCAGCAUCCCUGUAACAUUCUGUCAUUGAUACUGUUUCUGUCUGGUUUCUUUAACAACCAUCCACCAUAAUUAAAUCUGUGUUAGGAAACUUCACCUUAGGUUGUAUUUAAAAGAUGAUUUAUCAAUGUCGUGGACGAUUAUUAUGAUAAUUCGUAACUGAACUGUAUAUAUUUAACAAAAAGGCUGCACUGCUUGUGUUGAAAGAAUAAAAUGGAAAAGAUGAGCAUGCAAAUAAAUCGACUAAAUGCUCUCCAUAUUUGCUGUUUCUUUAGUUUUCUAUCUUUGAUCUCUUUUUCCAAAGUGUCAUAAAAACCCCACGCACAAACAUCUACUCCACUUAAUGAACCUGUUGCAUUGUUCAUUUGGUUAAUCUAUUUUUUUUUUCUCAGUUUGUAAGUUGUAUGUUCAGUGGAUGUCUCACAUCUGCUCUCCCCACAUACAAUAUUUAUAUAUUUCUGUUCAUUGAUUUUGAUUCUGUUAGUUAUUAGUAUUUUGACAAGUUGUUGAACUUUCAGUAAAAUCAUGAAUUUUUUUGUUUUCAAGAAAAAAUGUAAUUGUGACUGGCAAAAACUAAAAGUGAAGCAUUCAUGUUUAGAAAGCACCACAAAACAAAAACGGCUUUAUUUUAAUUUGCUUGAUGCUUUAAUCUCCUUGGUACUUGACAUAGUUAAGAAACGUAACCAUCGAUUGUGAGGUUUCUGGUUUUACAGUCUUAUGGGUUUUACAACAAUAGUGAAGUAGUGGACCAUAUAAAUUCACCUGGAAUUAAAAAUGUUUCAAGAAGCAAAGAGUUGUUACACUAAUGCUGAUUAUUGUAUUUGUUUCAUUUUAAAAUAUUAGGAUUUUUUACUUUAGUUAUGAUCCACAAUUAUUGUUCAUUAAUAAUAUUUCAGAUAGUGUUUCCUCUGCGCUGCUUUGACUUUCUGAAUAUGUUCUUGGCUGACUGGUUGUCUGUUUUCAGUCGUGGCACUGUAUCGUGUGUCCUCUCUGUAUAUGACAGGAAGUCCUGUAUUUUCCUGAUGGUCUUUUGUUUUUCUUUGAAAAUAAACUCUG